UUUAUCGUUGACGUAUCGAUUGGCGUCCCUCGUUACUUUGAGGUUAUGAUCGGAUAUAAACAAUCGAGAUUUUGUUUAUAAAUAAUUUAUAAUAACAGGAUGCCUGAUUGUAUGGUGCGUGGUUGCUGUAAUCGAUCUGGGGCGCAACGAAAAAGUCUGAGGCAGAAAAAAAUGGAGCUAAAUGAAAAAAUUACAUUUCACAGGUUACCGUUGAACCCCACGAAACGGAAGCUUUGGCUAGAGAGUUUGCAGAUGUCGGAGCCACAGUCGAAAUGUGCUAUGAUAUGCUCCAAACACUUUUCCGAAGUGUCAUUUGACAGAACUUCUUUAUCCUGUGUGAGAUUACGAGAGGAUGCAAUACCCAGUAUAGCAUGGCAUGAUGAGCCGGCAAAGAAACAUUUAUGUUCAGUUAAAAAUAAUAAUGUGGAAAUAAACAAAGUGACACAUGUGGAUGUUUACUCAUCGACAUUAAAGUUCAUUAAAGAGGAAAACCAGGAAGCCAUCGAUAUUAAGGAUGACAAACAGCUAGAUCAUUUCCAGAACUCCGAAGCAGUGCCUUCAAGAGAGGAUACUCAUAAAGUGAAAAUAGAAGUAACCGAUACCAUGCCUCGUAUACCUCCACCAGAGACAAUAAAGAUAAAAGAAGAUACAAUUUCGAGCAAUAAUGUAAGAGUAGAGUCUAGUACUUCUGAAUUAAAACAAGAAAAGGUACAGAAACAUUAUGUAAGUCGCUCCACAUCUGUAUCUCCCGAACGAGUUAAUUCAUCAGCUGCAAAUGUACAUCUGGAAAAGUCACUAGUUAAUCUACGGAAGUUUUAUCGUCAUAAAAUAAAAAUGCUACACCAAAACCAGAGGCGUCGUGAAAAGCGGAUAGCAAAGUUGAUGGAUAUUCUGCAGUCCGUGAAGCAACAGAAUUUACUUUUAUCUAAAAUGCAAACAUUGGAGCAAAGGGAUGGGACAUAAAGUCAGACUGUCUGUGUAGAAUAUAUUGAAGUAAACUGCACACACAACGAUGUCAAAUACAAUUAUGUUGAAUGUAAUGUCAUUUAAUAGACGAAAAACUUACUCAUGAACAGUAGAAUGCAGGAAUUCAUAGAUACGUUAAAGAAAUUGACCUAUCACUGAAAUUUUACUGUCGCUGCGUUCGGUGUUACCGUUCAUGGAGUAGCAGGAUGAGAGUUUCAAUCUGUUUCGAAUAAUAGGAAACGGUAGAAAAAUAAUAUUAAUAAGAAAGUAUCAUAUAAAGCUAAAAUGAUAAUACUGAUUUACUGCCUU